AUGAAUUCCCUUCGCGCAUUUGCUCGUGCCUAUUCUACUGUUCAACCAGGUGUUCGCCCUGGCAUUACUAAAGGCUUUGUUGGUGCUAUUGGAAACACUCCUCUUAUUCGUUUGAAUCGUUUAAGCGAGGAAACUGGAUCCGAGAUUUUGGCCAAGGCCGAGUUCAUGAACCCUGGUGGUUCCGUCAAAGAUCGUGCUGCUUUGUAUGUGGUGAAGGAUGCUGAGGAACGUGGAUUGAUCAAGCCUGGUGGUACUGUUGUGGAAGGCACUGCUGGUAACACUGGUAUUGGUUUGGCUCAUGUGUGCCGUGCUAAAGGCUACAAGUGCGUGAUCUACAUGCCAAACACCCAGUCUCAAGAAAAGAUUGACUUGUUGCGUAUGCUUGGUGCUGAAGUGCAUCCUGUUCCUGCUGUUGCUUUUGAUAACCCUCAAAAUUACAACCAUCAAGCCCGUCGACAUGCUGAAGAACUCGACAACGCUGUGUGGACCAACCAAUUCGACAACACUGCCAACCGACGUGCUCACAUUGAAACCACUGGACCCGAGAUUUGGGCACAAACAGAAGGACUUGUUGAUGGCUUUACUUGUGCUACUGGUACUGGUGGCACUUUUGCUGGCACUGCUCGUUACCUCAAGACCCAAAACCCUAACAUCAAGGCCUACGUUGCCGAUCCUCCUGGAUCUGUGCUUCACAGCUACUUCCAAAGUGGUGGCAAGCUUAUGGAUCGUGCUGGUGGUUCCAUCACUGAAGGUAUUGGCCAGGGUCGUAUCACCGACAAUAUGGCACAGGAUGUUGGUAUUGUUGAUGGUUCUUUCAAUGUCCCUGAUGAGGAAUCCAUUGCCAUGCUCUAUCGUUUGUUGGAUGAGGAGGGUAUCUAUCUUGGUGCCAGCUCUGCAUUGAACGUUGUUGCUGCUGUCAAACUCGCCAAGGAGCUUGGUACUGGCAAGCGUAUUGUCACUAUCAUGGCUGAUGGUGCUUAUAGAUACCAAUCGCGUCUUUUCAGCCGUCAAUGGCUCGAGAGCAAGAACCUUGAAAAGGCCAUCCCUGAUCACUUGCAAAAGUACAUUGUUCUCCCUUAG